AUGACGAUGCGAUCUGUCGGGACGCGACGGGCGACGGCGGUGCGGUGGACGCGCGGGGGACGGCGAGGGACGCGCGCGCGCGGGGCGGCGACGGAGGCGGCGACGGGGACGGACGCGGAAACCGCGCGGGCGAGGGUGGAGACGGUGAAGGCGGUGGUGAAACCGCGGGGUGGGUUGAGAAAGGAGUUCGCGGACGAGAGAUCGCUGGCGACGCCGCGCGAGGAUAGUAAGGUGCGAGAGUUUUGGUUUCCGGUUAUGUUUGAGAGCAAGUUUAAGGAGAAUGACGACGAAUUCGAGUUCAAUUUGCUCGAUGAGAUGUGGGUGCUGCGGAAAUUGACGGGAUCGGAGUACGUGUGCGAGAGUAAGAAGAGUCGGAGAACCUUAUCCACGGGCGUGAAAGACGGUCUCGUCAUGGUGUGGCCGGGCACGUGCGAGGCGCCGACGGAGCAACUACCGUCUCACUUUGCGCCGCCGAGCGGGUACACGAUUCACGCCGAACUGAUCAUCGAUGACGUCCCGGUCGAGCACGGGUUGCUCAUGGAGAAUUUGCUCGAUCUCGCGCACGCUCCGUUUACGCACACCGGUACGUUCGCCAAGGGUUGGGGUGUGCCGAACAUGGUGAAGUUUGCUUCUAGUAAACUGCGCAAGUCGGGCGACGGGUGGCACGAUAUGGGAAAUUUCUUGGCGAACGGUAAAAGCGAGGGAAGCUGGAAGCCGUAUCCGAUCGAUAUGAAGUUUUUGGCGCCGUGUAUGGUGGACAGUCACAUCGGUUUGGCGCAAGCUGGCGCCGUCGGUAGCGGCGCGCAGUUCAAGGAGGGCGUCACCGCGGACGAGUGUCCGAAGCACUUGCACCAACUCCACGUGUGCUUGCCCUCCGCACCCGGGCGCACGCGUCUACUUUACCGCAUGUCACUUGAUUUUGCGAACUGGGCGCAGUACAUCCCGGGUAUCGAGAUGAUUUGGACGGAGAUGGCGAACCAAGUCCUCGGCGAAGACUUGCGUCUCGUCGUCGGUCAGCAAGAUCGCAUGCAGCGAGGCGGUCGAGUCUGGGCUCACCCCGUGGCGUACGACAAGCUCGGUUUACAUUAUCGUCGCUGGCGCAACGUCAUGGAGGGCCGCGACGUCGAAGAGUGCGAGGUGGAGAUGUCUUGA